CACACUCGGUGCACCACUCUCUUAAAACUUCGAGGCAAUUUGAUUGAGUAUCUUUUUAUUUCUUGGGCACUCAGCAAAGUCCCUCUCACACACACACCCAGCGUCUAUCUAUCUGGAUAGAGUUCUACUCUUUGUGGUUGCAUUUUUGUAUAUCCUGGACCAUUUACUCUGAGGUAGGAGAUGGACAUGGACACGAGUGUCUCUGCUGUCUCCCCGGUCUGACUGUGAAGAUUUCCCCAUCAGUUACGGGUCUAGAGAUUCCAUCCUCAGGCACAAAAACAGCUGGAAAAAACUGAAAAGAAAAAACAGACAAGAAAGGCUCAGUACAGACAGGAGCAGCACUGGCAGCAACAGUAAGAAAGAGGUGACCUUGGACCUGAACGGAAGAAAAGCCAUGCGCUGGUCCACGCUGCUGUGCAUCCUGACAGGUGUGAUAGCAUACCUGAUCAUGGGAGCAUUGGUGCUUCACUACCUAGAGACUCCAUUUGAGAAAAUAAGCCACAACGAGUUUCUGAAGGAUCGACAGAUUUUCCUGGACAAUUAUACAUGCAUGAGCCCUGAAGCGAUCCAAUCUCUGAUAGAGACAGUUACAAAGGCCAUCGGGGCUGGUGUCACCCCACAGAAGAAUGAUACGUUCAGCAGCAGCUGGGACAUUGCCAGUGCUUUCUUCUUCUCUGGCACUAUCAUUACCACCAUUGGUUAUGGGAACAUCUCCCCAAAGACACCAGGCGGAAAGCUGUUCUGUAUCUGCUACGCCCUGGUGGGUAUCCCCAUGUUUGGGUUCCUGCUAGCUGGAGUAGGGGACCAUUUAGGAACUGUGCUGAGGCAUGCUAUUGCAAAGAUAGAGAUGCUAUUCCUGAAAUGGAAAGUCAGUCCCACUAUUGUUCGUAUCAUCUCUGCUGUGCUCUCCAUCCUGCUGGGCUGCAUACUCUUUGUCUUUGUGCCCACUCUCGUCUUCAUUGAGGUGGAAAAAUGGGAACUGCUGGAAUCUGCCUAUUUUGUGGUCAUCACUCUCACCACUGUGGGUUUUGGGGACUAUGUACCAGGUAGUUCAGUGGAGGAGAGCAUGGGACACUGGUAUAAACCUCUGGUGUGGCUCUGGAUCCUAAUUGGACUGGCUUACUUUGCCUCCAUCCUCACUAUGAUUGGGAACUGGCUACGAGUCCUGUCCAGAAAAACCCGUGCUGAGAUGGAAGGUCUCAGAGCACACGCCACGGACUGGACCCAGAACAUACAGAACAUGUCUGUGGACUUCCGUAUCUCUGGCAAACUUGACGACCCGUUUAAGCGCAGGCGGCGAAAACGUCGUCAUCAUAGCCGUAGUCACAGAACCGACCAAAGUGUUCCAGGAAUUAACGGUCCAGAAGAAAGGAGGAGACGAGAAGACAGAUAUUAUGAUGAUCAAUCCGCAUCUGGAUCCUCCUCAUACUCAUAUACAUCCAAUGAAUCAUACUCGGAAUCUGAGACAAACUCAGAGGAAACCCAGACGGAGCAGGUGCCAGAAAUGGAUCGGAGAAAAGAAAAAACAGACCCCACAUUCUCACAACCAUUGGAUUACUUUGGAGAAAAUCUGGCCUAUAUUGAUGAGUCUUCAGAUGCUGUUAGUGGGAAGCUUCACCUGGACCCACUCCUGGACAGGUCUGAAUCCAAAAUGGCUGCACUGCACAAGGCUAAGAGAAGACGUCCAAGGAGACAACCACGGAAGAAAACACCCAAAACUAGCCCUUCCAAGCAGCACCACACAGCACCCAAUGGAGGAAUUCUAAUAACACCACCUAAUAACACCCCUCCUGCUUCACCAAAUUAAUUCCACCUUAACUCACAGGCAUCUAAAGCGAGGGAAAAUUCCUCCCUCAGAAGUGCAUUUUAGGGACAGUUGGAAAGACUUUACAAGUUUACACUUCCUCUGUUGUUAAUGUCUUCAUGUCUGAUUUAGUACUACAUGGACAGAAGCAUCUGAUGACAAUGGGUGGGAGAAACAUAAAACACCAAAGCAAAGCUCUUAGCUCCAUCUUAUGGCUGCUCUUAAAGCUGCAGCUGGAUUGCCUGUGUAAUAAGUUUGAGCACUUUCGGUUCUUUUUAUAGUGGCCUUCAACCCGCUUUUGUGCUCUUUACAGUAAUUCCUUGAUUAAACCAAACUGACUGUACUACAAACCCAAACAUUCUCUGACAUUCUGAUGCUUCUUACUGAUCCAGGAUUUCGGCCUGUGUGCCUUUUGCAUAUCAUGCUUUUCUUUUCACGUUGGAUCCUUUAUACAAGGUACCCAUAUGCACUUUAUGAAGAUUUGAAGUUUUUGAUAAAUAAGUAUGUGAACCUCUAGGAUAAUGGGUUACUAGAGUUAAUGUGCUUUUCAUUGAGAAAGAAAGAAAGAAAGAAAGAAAGAAAGAAAGAAAGAAAGAAAGAAAGAAAGAAAGAAAGAAAGAAAGAACAAUUAAGUAGUCAAAAACUUGAUUAAAGCUUCCAAAUGGAAUUUUUGUGCUUCCAUCAGCCAACUGCGGACACCAGUGGAAAAAAAAUGCCUCUUGUAUAGAUGGAUGACUGUUGGUUCCCUUGGAGUAUAUACACAAAUUGUUGCUUUGUACAAAACAAAUCGCAUAUGUCAUGUCAACAGCAAACCCUCAUCUUAGCACGGCAUGCAGAACUUCAGAGGCACUGAACCGUGGCUGACCCUGAGCCCUGACAGCAGCUAGGAAAUACAAAGAAAAUUGUUGACUGUAUAAAUGUGUAUAUGUACAAUGAGAGUACAGUUUGUCUUUCUUUUUCGAACGACCAAUACAUCAAUCCUACUGAAAAGCUGUGCAUUCUUUAAAAGGCUGUUCAAGCAAGGAUGCCCUAAAAAAGCAAGAACUUUGAAGUCGUGCGAUUCCUUUUUACCAUGGCUCUGUUAACGUCUUGAUUCUGUUUGGUCAGUAAGCUUUGAUUAAUUUCUACACAUCGCAGAUUUACAUUAAUCCACUCAUUCUAAUAUGUUAUCCUAACAACUUACACAGGGGCUUCCAGGUAUAGCUUUUCAAAAAUCUUUACCUAGCAAUGAGUGCCCAGUGUCAGAGAAUUGCCACAUAAUUUAAAGGUAAAUUUGAACCUUUAAGUUGUUUAACAAGACUUCAGGAAAGAGGACUAUGCAGUUACUUCUGUGA